AUGGCCGCCACCCCGGAGCGAUACCAAAAGCUGGACAAGAUCGGGGAGGGCUCCUGCGGAGUGGUCUUCCGCUGCAGGUGUCGGCAGACGGGAAGCAUUGUGGCCAUCAAGAAAGUCAGGUAUUCCUAUGAUGCAGGUCCAUCCGCCGGAUGCGGCGACCCGUUUGGGGCCAGCGCCCAGGUGUUGCGUGAGGUGGCACUCCUGAAAUCCAUCGGGGAGCAUUCUGGCGUCGCGCCGCUCUUGGACGCCUUUGCGGAACCCGGGAAGCUGUACAUGGUCUUCGAGCACUUCGACGGCGACUUAGCGCGGCAUCUGCAAGAGGCAGGCGCUUUGCCCGCGCCAAAGCUCAAGCGCUACGCCUUUCAGUUGCUGAACGGCUUGACGCAUUGCCACACGCGACGAGUUGCGCAUAGAGACCUGAAGCCGCAGAAUCUCCUGCUGAAGCGGGAGACUGAUGAGCUCAAGCUGUGCGACUUCUCGCCGAGCAGAUGCGUGCUGGCAGAGAUGGCCAAGGGCAAGGCGAUCUUUCAAGCAUCCAGCGAGAUUGGCAUGCUCUUCAACAUCUUUUUUCAGUUGGGCGCGGCCUUCAUUUUAACACUUCUGCUGACUCCCGUGGAAGCAGCUGGAGAGGAUGCCAUGCCGCCCUGGCUGAUGGCGCUGAUCGUGCUGGUCGCGGUGGCGCUUGUGGGACUUCUUGUCGGUUCUAUGGUGGCCAUAUUUCUAGCCGAAUGUCGUGGUCGAGGUCGCAAGGUGGAUUGUCUAUCCUGUAAUGGCUCCGGCUGUGGCAUGUGUCAGCCCCAGGCGCCGAGCUGUGUAGCCUGUGGCGGCACAGGGUGUGGGAUAUGCUACGCGAUGGCAGAGGCCAAGUCUUGCGUCGCAUGCGACGACACGGGUUGCGGCUUAUGCACGCAGGCGGCGUAUGAGGCGCCGGCAGCGGCGUGUGUUGCCUGUGGUGGUGACGGAUGUGGGCUUUGCGGCGUUCAGGCGGAGCCUGAAGAGGCGCCCAAUUCCUGCAUCGCCUGCGGCAAUACUGGCUGUGGACUCUGCGAAGAGGGUCACGCGAGCGCGGCACAGGUCGCGAGGAAAAGCUCCGAGCCGCCCGUGGACGAAGGAGACAUAGAAACUGCCCACGCGUCUCCAACUUGCAGCAUCAGUUUAUCCAAAAGGAGUGCUGCGCAGGCUUCAGUAUUCUCUACCCCUUCCAAGAAUUGCAUAGGAGCCGUAGUGCACAUCUGA